GUUCUUCCCACUCUGCAAAGAGAUGGACAGCCAGUUUUAAGCUGCAGCUGGGCAAGGUGAUUUCUGUUAAACAAAUGAACAGUUCUGGGUUCAGAAGCAAAGUGUGUGACUCAGAACACCACCUGAGUAACACUGCUGUUAGCCAGGGAGCAGAAAAAAGGUGAAGAAAUCCACAAAGCAAUCCUUCAUGCCUGCCUUUCUGGCAGACUGCGCCUUGGCAACCUCUUCAGUAUCUCCCUUCCUUAAUGACUUCUAUUUUGCUUGACUCUGGAUGUUCUCCAGGAGUCACCGUUAAAAGUUAUUGUCUGGCGGAUAUCAAUGCCGCUGUCUCCGGAGGGACUUUUCCUCACACUGACUGGUGCUUGGGUCCAGGUAAAAUAGCGAGAUACAAGUGCCUUCAGGCUUCUCCUGUGUGUCUCUGUUACAGCAAUACUUUACGUGCCCAGUUAGGCAAGGUUCGUAAACACGGGUGCGGUUUUACAAUACAGCUAAUUUGCUGUAAUGGCUAGCUGCCAGUCAGAGAGGUGAGUCUGCUCCUCCUGUCAACAGCUUCAUGCUCCCACUCCCUCUCCUACCGCAGAUUCUGCUGCUUGUCUGACUCCUGCUGACACAGUCCAGGGCAAUGACCUAGCAGAAAACUGUUCACUUCGUUUUUCUGGACUAGUUUUCUGCCAGACUGACAUCCUCUGAUGGUUUACCAAGGUAAGAUGAGCAUCAGUGCUGGCACAAGAAGGGAUGCAGGAUUGCUUAAGAGAGAGGAAAGAUAGUAAUACAGAAGCAUCACAUUAAGUUGGUUGGUUGUAACUCCACACCUUUGCAACUCCCUAUUUGGCUUGCACAGAUCAACCACAACUGCCAUCAAAGGAGGAAACUUUUCUUCCUCCUUUUUUAUUACUAGAAAGAUCUGUUUGCAGGAUUGUUGUUUUUAUUUUUUCAGAUAACUUCAAAGACAAGAAGUAUUAAUGGCAGCAAUGGAAACACAGUAGAGAAGAGGGGAAAGCAAGAGAAGCAGGAAGGAAUGGGAUAGGAAAGGUCAUGUCUGACAGCAACAGCACAAUAUUAGAUCUGUAGCACAAGGUAGGAGUGAAAUAAUUUGCUUGGGGAGUCCCAGAAGCUGCAGGUGCUGCCUCUAAGCCAGCCAGGGCACAGCUGAGAGAAGGGGUGAUGCCGUCCUUCUCUCCCUCAGCUGGGACCCUUGUUUAUCUGCCUGACUCUCCACAUUAGCUCAUUGACUGCAGCUGCUGGCAUGGUGGCCCUGGUGACACCUCUGCAGAGGCUGUGGGAAGCUGUGGCUGCGUGCACCAGCCUGUCAUUCCUGUACCACUGCCUGGAGACUCCUGUGUGACCCAUUUCUUCAUCCAGAAACAGCACGCCGAUGGAGCGGAGAGUUCAGGAGCACUCUGAGAAGAAACAGUGGGAGUCCCCAUGCCGGGACCAGAGGAACGUUCUUCAGCACAAGAGGACAAGAGGACCAAGAAAUAAGACAGCACUCUGAACUUUAUAAUCAUUAGAAAUAACAGCUGUUCCACACUGCUGUCAAUCCAUGCAGCACAAUGGCUUCAUUUCCUGUCUUGAACCAAGAGACCUUGUUUCGUAACGGUACCUGGAGCUAUCGAAUUCCAGCCCUGCUCUACCUGCCACGGUUUAGCAUCAUCCUGGCAUUUGCCGAGGAACGAGAGGAUUUGGUGGAUGAACAUGCCAAGCUAAUAGCGAUGCGCAGAGGCAUUUACAACCCAAUCACGCACCAUGUUCAGUGGAAGCACAUGGAGAGCAUUGCCAGUGCACAGCUGCAAGACCACCGAUCUAUGAACCCCACUCCUGUUUAUGAUGAGGUCUCAGGGAAACUGUUCUUGUUCUUCAUAGCCAUCCCAGGACAGAUCUCUGAGCUGCACCAGCUCAGGACAAAGACCAACCUGGUACGUCUCUGCUACGUCACGAGCAUGGACCACGGAUGCACCUGGAGCAAUGUCCAGGAUAUCACCAAUGGUACCAUUGGCACCGAGCACAAAAACUGGGCCACUUUUGCACUGGGUCCAGGUCACGGAUUACAGUUGCUCAACGAGGCCCGGAGCCUUGUGAUUCCUGCCUAUGCUUAUCGUAUCUUGGACCCUAACCGACAACCCAUCCCUCAUGCCUUCUGCUUCAUCAGCUCUGACCACGGGGUAACGUGGAAGAUGGGGAACUUUGUGGAGGGAGAGGGCACAGUGGAGUGCCAGGUAGCAGAGGUGCACAGCUGUGGCAGGAGGGUUAUCUACUGCAACGCAAGGGGCAGCAGGGGAGCCCGAAUCCAGGCUGUCAGCUACGAUGAUGGGGAGGACUUUGAGAGAGGCCAGCGGGUUGAAAAGCUUGUAGAACCUCCCUUGGGGUGUCAUGGAAGUGUUAUUGCCUUUCCACCUCCCACUUACGUCAGAUGCCGAGAUAGUUGGUUGCUCUUCUCUCAUCCUACAGACCCAAAGAGUCGAAGAGAUUUAGGAAUUUACCUCAACAAAAGCCCUUUAAAUCCGUCUGACUGGACAAAACCAAGCAUCCUCUUCAAGGGCCGGUGUGCUUAUUCAGAUCUGCAGUACAUGGGGCUUGGGCCAGAUGGCUCACCCUUGUUCUCCUGCCUCUUUGAAUAUGGGACCCGGCAACCGUAUGAAGAGAUGAUCUUUGUGAUGUUCACUUUGAAGCAAGCCUUUCCAUCAGAGUGCUGAAUCUUGAGCCUUUUCAUCAGCAUCACCUUUUUUUACCAUCACUUCUCAUCUUUCAGCAAAAGGGGGUUUUUGUGCCCCUCCUGCACCCGCAGUUUGGCAUUGGUUUGUGGCAUCUAUAGAUUACGAAGCCUAUUAAACGUACUAAAACUGAA